UCUUCCUCUGUGGCGUUGGGUACAGAGUCCAUUAAGAUGGAAAAUGGACAAAGCACGGCGGCUAAGCUGGGGCUUCCUCCCCUCACACCAGAACAGCAGGAAGCUCUCCAGAAAGCAAAGAAGUAUGCGAUGGAGCAGAGUAUCAAGAGCGUGCUGGUGAAGCAAACCAUCGCCCACCAGCAACAGCAGCUCACCAACCUCCAGAUGGCAGCAGUGACAAUGGGCUUUGGAGAUCCUCUCUCACCUUUACAAUCGAUGGCAGCUCAGAGGCAGCGCGCCCUGGCCAUCAUGUGCCGUGUGUAUGUGGGCUCCAUAUACUAUGAACUUGGAGAAGAUACCAUUCGUCAGGCCUUUGCCCCCUUUGGACCCAUAAAAAGCAUUGAUAUGUCCUGGGACUCUGUUACGAUGAAACACAAGGGUUUUGCUUUUGUGGAAUACGAGGUGCCUGAAGCCGCUCAGCUGGCCUUGGAGCAGAUGAAUUCUGUCAUGCUGGGGGGAAGAAAUAUAAAGGUUGGGAGACCCAGCAAUAUAGGUCAGGCACAACCGAUUAUAGACCAGCUAGCAGAAGAGGCGCGGGCGUUCAACCGCAUCUAUGUGGCAUCCGUUCAUCAGGACCUUUCAGAUGAUGACAUCAAGAGUGUGUUUGAGGCCUUUGGGAAGAUUAAAUCCUGCACGCUAGCCAGGGAUCCGACGACAGGAAAACACAAAGGCUAUGGUUUCAUUGAAUAUGAGAAAGCACAGUCUUCCCAAGACGCCGUUUCCUCUAUGAACCUCUUCGACCUUGGGGGUCAGUAUCUCCGAGUUGGUAAAGCUGUGACUCCUCCAAUGCCUCUCCUGACGCCUGCAACGCCAGGAGGAUUACCUCCAGCAGCGGCUGUCGCUGCAGCGGCUGCUACAGCAAAGAUCACAGCACAGGAAGCAGUGGCAGGAGCCGCGGUUCUUGGCACCUUGGCAACCCCUGGGCUGGUCUCCCCAGCGCUGACUCUGGCCCAGCCCUUAGGGGCAUUGCCCCAGGCCGUAAUGGCAGCACAAGCACCUGGAGUCAUUACAGGUGUAACCCCCGCCCGACCUCCCAUUCCGGUCACCAUUCCACAAGUGGGGGUUGUGAAUCCGAUCCUGGCCAGUCCCCCAGCAUUGGGCUUGAUGGAGGUCAAAAAGGAGAAGGAAGAAGAGGAGGUCUUCCAGGAGUCAGAGAGGCCAGAGAUGCUGAGCGAACAGGAGCACAUGAGCAUAUCUGGCAGCAGCGCCCGUCAUAUGGUGAUGCAGAAGUUGCUCCGUAAGCAGGAGUCCACUGUGAUGGUGCUUCGCAACAUGGUGGAUCCAAAGGACAUUGAUGACGACCUGGAGGGAGAAGUGACAGAAGAAUGUGGCAAAUUUGGGGCUGUAAACAGGGUCAUCAUCUACCAGGAGAAGCAAGGAGAAGAGGAGGAUGCAGAGAUCAUCGUCAAGAUCUUUGUGGAGUUCUCCAUGGCCUCAGAGACUCACAAGGCCAUUCAGGCUCUGAAUGGGCGCUGGUUUGCAGGAAGAAAGGUGGUAGCAGAGGUGUAUGACCAGGAGAGAUUUGAUAACAGCGACCUGUCAGCAUGAACUCUACUCGAAAGACUUUGCCCCUGCCUCCUCUGCUUGUCUGGGGUUUUUUUAGCCAUGUGUAAAGAACGCUCCAGGGUGGGCACGGAUCUCUGUGAUGUACUUGUAGUUUGGAUAAAAGCGCAAAGAAAA